GCUUUCUGUGGCUAUAAAUAGUGGGGGAAGGCUCAGAUACUCCGAUUAAAAAAUAAAACUGAGGUUCUUCUUCUCUGCUCUCACCUGCGGCACUCCUCAGUAGGGUUUCUAUCUUGCUAUCUCUGUACCAACUGAAACAAUCAUUUCCUUUUCUACGAGUUUGUAAGGGGGGAGGAAGUCCAAGUUUCUGGUUAAUGGACGCGUAUGCGCUGCAUUUGGCCGUGGCCGCUCUGGUGGGAGCAUCGGUCGUCGCCGUUUCGGCUUACUAUAUGCACCGAAAAACCCUAAAUCAGUUGCUGGAGUUCGCCAAGACAGUGGAGAGGGAGAGGGACGAGAACUCGGACAUCGAAUCGCCGCAGCACCUGAAGAAGCGGCGGGCCCACUCACGCCGGAAGGGGAACGGCUAUUACCGGCGCGGCUCGGCUUCUCUGCCGGACGUCACGGCGAUCUCCGUCGGAAUCGACGGCAGUGAGGAGAGGCGCAACGGGCAUCUCCACGUGGACGGGAUUCCGGUCGGGUUGCCGAGACUGCAUACUCUUCCCGAAGGGAAAUCUCCUGGGCAUGCAAGUGCAACCAAGAAAACUAGUUCUCUUAUCAGACCAACUUCUCCGAAGUCUCCCGUUGCGAGUGCCAGUGCCUUCGAGAGUGUUGAAGGUUCUGAUGAUGAAGAUAAUAUGACCGACACUGCUAAACUAGAUACUGCAUAUCUGCAUACGAAUGGGAAUGCUGGGCCAGAGUGUAAAACCCUAUAUGAAAAUUUACCAGACCACAUUAAAGCUAAUGUAGAGCAAUUGCCUAUUGCUGCAUCCAGUAUGAUUCGAUCCCAUAGUGUAUCUGGUGAUCUGCAUGGCGUUCAGCCUGAUCCAAUUGCUGCUGAUAUUUUGAGGAAAGAGCCGGAGCAAGAAAAUUUUGCCCGACUUAAAAUAUCACCUACCGAGGUGCCAUCACCUGAUGAAGUGGAGGCAUAUGUAGUUCUUCAAGAAUGCCUUGAAUUGCGAAAAAGAUAUGUAUUCAGGGAAGCAGUGGCUCCAUGGGAGAAAGAAGUUAUAUCUGAUCCCAGUACUCCAAAGCCUAAUCCUGAGCCAUUCUCUUAUACUUCUGAGGGAAAGUCUGAUCAUUACUUUGAGAUGCAAGAUGGAGUUGUUCAUGUCUAUGCAAAUAAAGAUUACGCAAACGAAGAGCUUUUCCCUGUUGCAGACGCCACAACCUUUUUCACUGAUCUGCAUCACAUACUUCGGGUUAUUGCAGCAGGGAAUAUUAGAACACUAUGUCAUCAUCGGUUGAAUCUUCUCGAACAAAAAUUCAAUCUUCAUUUGAUGCUUAAUGCGGAUAGAGAAUUUCUUGCUCAAAAAACCGCCCCACAUCGUGACUUCUACAAUGUCAGGAAAGUUGAUACACAUGUUCAUCACUCUGCAUGCAUGAACCAGAAACAUCUUUUGAGAUUUAUAAAGUCAAAGCUGAGGAAAGAGCCUGAUGAGGUUGUGAUAUUUCGAGAUGGGACGUAUCUGACUUUGAAAGAAGUAUUUGAGAGCUUGGACCUAACUGGGUAUGAUCUGAAUGUUGACCUUUUGGAUGUUCAUGCAGACAAGAGUACUUUUCAUCGCUUUGAUAAGUUUAAUCUGAAGUACAACCCCUGUGGUCAAAGUAGGCUCAGGGAGAUUUUCCUUAAGCAAGAUAAUCUUAUCCAAGGCCGUUUCCUUGCUGAGCUGACAAAGCAAGUGUUUGCUGAUCUUGCUGCAAGUAAAUAUCAGAUGGCUGAGUACAGAAUAUCAAUAUAUGGAAGGAAGCAAAGCGAGUGGGAUCAAAUGGCAAGUUGGAUAGUGAAUAAUGAAUUGUAUAGUGAGAAUGUCGUUUGGUUGAUUCAGCUCCCACGACUGUACAAUGUGUACAAGGAAAUGGGAAUUGUGACGUCUUUUCAGAACAUUCUUGACAAUAUCUUUAUUCCGCUAUUUGAGGUUACAGUGGAUCCAGAUUCACAUCCUCAGUUGCAUGUUUUCUUGAAACAGGUUGUUGGAUUGGAUUUGGUUGAUGAUGAAAGUAAGCCUGAAAGACGGCCUACAAAACACAUCAAUCCGGCAUUUUCAUACUAUGCCUAUUACUGUUAUGCUAACCUCUACACACUUAAUAAGCUUCGUGAAUCAAAAGGCAUGACGAUGAUAAAAUUCCGUCCACAUUCUGGGGAGGCUGGUGACAUCGACCACCUUGCUGCAACCUUUCUUACUGCUCAUAAUAUUGCACAUGGAAUCAAUUUGAGAAAAUCGCCUGUACUUCAGUAUCUGUAUUAUCUAGCACAGAUUGGUCUGGCUAUGUCUCCACUGAGUAACAACUCCUUAUUUUUGGACUAUCAUCGAAAUCCAUUUCCUAUAUUUUUUUUGCGGGGUCUCAAUGUUUCUCUUUCUACUGAUGAUCCACUGCAAAUCCACUUAACAAAAGAACCCUUGGUUGAAGAAUAUAGCAUAGCAGCUUCAGUGUGGAAGCUCAGUUCGUGUGAUCUAUGUGAGAUUGCCCGUAAUUCAGUCUCCCAAUCAGGUUUCUCGCAUGCCCUGAAGUCACAUUGGAUUGGGAAAGAGUACUACAAGAGAGGACCAGAUGGAAAUGACAUUCGCAAAACUAAUGUGCCUCAUAUUCGUCUGGAAUUCCGUCAAGCGAUUUGGAGGGAGGAGAUGCAACAGGUUUAUCUGGGCAAAGCUGUUAUCCCUCGAGAAGUGGACAAGUAAUUUGGAAGGCACUUGUGCGCCUGAUCCAUCCUUGAAUAUUUCCCUACUUUUAGAGGAGGCAAGGAACUUGCUAAUCCUGCAUGAAGGAGAGGAGUACGCAAUUCUGAGAUGCAAGCUGAAAAUUGAGCGGGGGCAAAAGCAGAAUGCUAACAGAAGUUAAAACAUGGUCCGAAGACAAGGUAGUAGAUGUUCGUUAUGAUAUAUUUCUUGAUUCGCAUCUUCCCAUACGGAUUCUCAAGCCUAUAGCAACGAGAUAACAAUGUCUCUCCUCUCGGCCAAAUAUAAUAGAAGUGAAAUUUUAUAGUAACUCUAGCUUAAGCAAGCACCAUAAUUAGAUAUAAUAGGCCUUGCUGUUUCUUUUUCUUUUUGAAGUUUUGUAGCUGUGUAAAAUGGUAUAGUGUAAUGCUUCCCCGUGCCAAGGGAAAGUGGUCACACUCUUGCUCUGUUGAAUUUUGACUCUUUUUUUCAUUCGAAAUGUGUCUUUUUUCCCCCUCAUGGAAUGAGUUUCUCAAGGAAUGAUGUAGGACACGCAUCGGUUAUAAAAACUGUUUUCGUAGUAGUAGUAUCUGAACAUUUGCUCGGCAUUAUUCCGUCGCCCGAA